UCAACCUUAUAUACACAUGUUGGCCCAAUACAUAAACAAACUUUAUCUUUGUUGACAUUAUUAAUUAUUAAUUAAUAAUUAUUAACAAAUGUCAUCAUAUGUACAAUAAUAUAAAUUUUGAACUUUAAAGUUAAUUAAAAUGGCACAUAGAGCAUUAAUGGGUUUGAAAAAUAACUUGAUUCGUAAUGUGCAAAAUAGUGAACAACGUUUCAAGUAUCUUUUAAUUCUUGACUUUGAAGCAACAUGUGAAAAAUUGAUUAAAAUUAAUCCACAAGAAAUUAUAGAAUUUCCUUGUAUUGUAGUUUCCACUCAAGAUUGGAAAAUAAAAGAUGUUUUUCACGAGUACGUGAAACCAAAAUUUCAUCCUAAUCUAACACCAUUUUGCUCGGAAUUAACGGGAAUUGUACAAGAAAUGGUUGAUGAUAAACCUCAUUUUCCCGAAAUUAUGAAGAAAUUUAAUACUUGGAUUGAAAAGGGGAAAUAUUUCGAGGAGAAGAAUAAAAGUGCUUUUGUCACGUGUGGUGAUUGGGACUUGAAAGUGAUGAUUCCUUCUCAAUGUGCAACUGAGGAAUUGGCAGUGCCUGAUUAUUUUUCCGAAUGGAUUAAUUUAAAAAUUCUCUUCUGCAAUGUUAUGAAAAUUUAUCCUCAUGGAAUUAUUGAUAUGCUCGUUCGACUAGAUAUUCCUCAAAUUGGCCGACUUCACUCAGGAAUAGAUGAUGUGAAAAAUAUGAUUAAUAUAGUCAAAAGUAUAGGUACAAAAUAUAAUACAAAUUUCGACAUUACUUCCGGAGUACAUCACAAGAACUUUCCGAUUUAUCAAGGUGAUGAUAAAUAGAGUAUUUUGGAGAUAAUUAUUAUAUUCUUAUUUUUAAAUAAAUUUUCAUACAAUUUUAAAUAAAACUCAAAAAAAAAUCUUGCCGUAAUUAUUUAAUCUGAAAGUUGUGUUAAAUCAGAAAUAAAGAACGCAUGAAUUUAAAAAA